AUGUCGGAUAUAUUGUACAUUGGCAAUGAUGAAUAUACUCAACGACAACCUGAGAGUGAAAGUUCUCAGCCCCAAAAUGAAUUGGCUGGAGACUCUCAGCAAUAUUCCCCAUCAACCAAAGAGGACGAUACCGAAAGUGGGUUUAUGUUCCGGGACGAAAAAUCUCUGGCUGCACUGAUUACACCAGGGGAGAUUUUAAAUUCAGCCGAGACUCCUGGUUCCACAGGAAGUAUGGAAGUUACUUUUGACUGCGAAUACGAUCUUGAGCCAUUUCUGGAAGAUUUUUCUCGUCUCACGAGAAAGGGUAAAUUUGAUACCGCCAAAGAUCUUUUCGAAUCUUGCCCAUCGGACUUGAAAGAUCACCCAGAAUUUGUUCUGGACUUUGUGGAUACUCUACUGAAGCAGGGUGCCUACAAGAAUUUGGUGGAUUUUGCUACAGAUAAAGAAUUGACUUUACUAAAGCAGUUGAGCGAAUGUGGACAAAUUCCUAGUCAGUAUCUGCGUUCCGUGUUUGAGUUGGGAAGACGGCGUGCUUUGGGCUACUUGCCCGAUAGUGAAGAGAGAGAUGUGGGGGCUGAUGAAGUCAAAUUGGAGUUACUGGCGAGUUUUGAGAGCCUUGAUUCAAUUCAGAUACAAUUGCUUUGUAAUAUAAUUCAGCUGCAUUCCGAUGAAGUGAAAUAUACAAAGAUACUAGAGAAUGUCUCUCAACAUCCUGAAAUCAUGAUAAAUAGAUUGUUAGAUUGGCAUAGUUUGUAUAGGCAUCUUCUCUCGACCAACAGAAUAUGGGAUAUGAGAGACCUUUUUCAGGCUCUUUGUUCCAAAUAUGGAGUUGGAGAUACUGUUAGAUUAUUUUUCAAAGAUCGGAAACAGACAGCCUCCAAGAAAAUUUCGAAAUCAGAUGAGUUGGAAUUCAGUGGGUGGUUUCAUUUUGUGUUUGACUGGACACACCGCUCCCGUGACUUAGCCCUCCUUGAUUUGUUGGUAAUUAUCUCGCUGCAAUUAUUAUCGCACAGCAGUCAAAACGAUCCAUCGAUCACGAAGAUCAUCAAUCAGGCCAUGGCUCAUGCCAACCAGUUUGCAAUUUCGCUUAGUCUCAGCAAUCCGGAGAAUGUUCAAACGAGCCCCUAUUUAAAAUGGGCUUUGGCCAACCAAAGACUAGCGAGAGAACUGCCGUCCAAUUCACGUCAAAUUCCAGACUAUAAAUACAUGAAGCAAUCUCAAGGGGUUAUUAUCUGGACUUCCAAUCUGCCGAUCUACGCUCCAUUGGACCAUCAUGAUUUAGACCCCGUGCACUGGAAAAGACAGUCGCGAAGCACACCGGAAAUUUUGCUCAAGCUAGGGCUAGAAACAUCUCGUAGAAAUGGCGAUUAUUUUCUAACAGUACAAUAUUUGCAAGAGAUAUUCCAUACAUCUGAGUCACCUUCAGAGGUACUAAACGAAUUGUCGCACAUACAAGAAGACUUGCAGGGAGACAAAAUUGGUUACUUACAAACCUGUCUGACGAAAUACCUAUGCGCGAGCGAUAAAACUGCUAUGGAAAAUCUCAGUAAUGAGUUAAAAGAGUUCGACGAGAAGAUUCUGGAACUGAGUUUUCGGAGAAUUGACCCGUUAACAAGAUGGUGUCAGCGAGGUAUCCAAGCCGCAUUGAGCGAGCGCCUACAUAAGGACACGUUAUCGACAAAUUCGUACUUAGAGGAGCAAGAACAUGCAUACCGGGAGCUGCCACACGAUUUUAAGCGCUUAUUAGCAGAAUUAGGAAAAGAAAACGGUACUCACAAACUUGGUUCCACUGACGAAGCUUUGCCGAAGGAGUUUGCCGAACCUUGCAAGGGAACAAUCUACCGAGAUGAUAAUUUCAUUGUCUGCGACUCAUCAGGUUAUUUUACCCAAAUUUUUGAAGAAGCAAGUCAUGAGGAAGUAUUGAUUGAGAUAUAA